AAGAGCUGCCAGCGGCGGAGCCUCAGGCUGUGCAAUAAGUCAGCAGGCUCCACGGCUGAAGCGUCACUACAUCUGCGGUCAGCUGACUCGGCUCAGCGAGCUGCUGAUAGGCUGCGGCGCGGGGAAGUCUGUGGUCAGCUGACUGCGCUCCGAGAUCAGCUGAUGGGUUCCAGCCCUGGCGUGGGUGAGGGGCCCCCUGCCCGGCGUUGCAGAGACGGCGGGAAACCAUGAGGUUCCGGUUCUGCGGAGACUUGGACUGUCCCGACUGGGUCCUGGCCGAAAUCAGCACCUUGGCCAAAAUAUCCUCGGUGAAGCUGAAGCUUAUCUGUGGCCAGGUGCUCAAGGACCUGCAGGGCGAGGGGAUUGAUACAGCAGCUGACCCAUUGUUUGGAUCGUUGAGGUUCCCUGUAGAACAUGCCUGGAGCACUAGCAGCCAGUGGGAAUGGCCCAUCCUGCACCCCCCAUUCCCGAUCAGCCAUGUGCCACGUGCUAUGUGGUCCUAUGAGGAGAAACAGAGCCCCCUACAGGACAGCCUGAGGGCACGCAGCCUGAGAGGUAAGUGUUCCCCCUCUGGCCAUGCAAACCUGCUGCUGCUCCAGGCCGCGGAUGGGAGAUGGUCCUUCAACAGGGGUACGGGCCCUGCUGGUACCCUGCUGCCCCCAGCUGUUCUCCUGUGUCCAUGGAUGGAAGUUCAAUGUCUGGACUCUGUGUCCUGCAGGGUGGAUCGCACGCUCAGCUCCAGCCAGCUCCAGCAGGUCAACGAACCCCUCGUGCACCUGAAGCUCAUCGUGCGAGACGGGGACCGAGAUGGGACGGAGCCCUUUGCCAUGACCAUGUUGGCAGAGAAGUUCCAGGUCUUACUGGCAGAGCUGAGACAGGCCCACGCCAUGAUGAAAACUCUCAGCUGAGGAGCCAGGAGGACGGCAGCGAGCGUGGAAGAAGCCAGCUGAUUGUGCUGCGACCCAUCGGAGAGUCUGGUGGGUGCGGUUCCUCUGCUGGGGAAGCUCCUCGCCGCACACAGCCACAGACACUGCCUGGGCAGAGGUUGGACUGCGCUCUCUCCUCCCUUCUCAGACCCCUGCUGCAGCUGAAACUGACGACUGCUCUUCCCACUCUUCCUGGCUGCUGUCUCCCCCGCCCACCUCUCUCGCUGUGGAGCCUCCUGCCUGCAAACCCUUAUGCUUCCAGGACCCCCACCCCAGGAUCCAUCCCCAGAGCAAUGGUGCUUGGGGGCUUCUGCAUCUGCUAACGAGAUCUCCACCUCAAGACCAGCUUCAGCUCGGAGUUCCCAUAACAAAGGUGUCCAAACCCAUGGGCCGUGCCACCGUGUUACACACAUGCCUCCGGAGAAUACCCAGGCCUGCUGACUGGAGGCUAGUUUAACGGUGAAAGACCCUGAAAUCCCCUGCCCAGCCCUUUGUUGGUGGCUCUGUUCCUGAACAGCUGCAGGGAGCUGACCUGCCCUUUUGCUUCGGCCUGAAUUGUCUCCUGUGGCUACUCCAAGGCAGGCGCGCAGGCUCCCAUGUCUCCUCUGGAGACGUAGCAUGCUGCAGCCCUCCAAAUGCUGCAGCUAGGCCAGCUCCACAUCACUUGUUGACUGCAGCAAUCCAGGAUGCCUGUGGCUGGGGCAACUCUCCCAGUCGUACAUAAGAGGUUGGGAAGUUUUACCAGCUGAAGCAGAUGGAGUAUUCUCUAGUCGCUUCUUGCUCCCCCGCAUCCCUCCCCUAAAAAGCACUUUGCCUCUGUUCUGUCCACUUCCUCUAAAGGAGCCUCUUGCCUGGGGGUGGGAUAAAUGCAGCUUUUCUAUCUUUCUGUCCCGCACCUACCGCCUCUUCCAGGGCAGCUCAGUGCAUGGAAUAAAGGAUCAGCAGGAAUGUGCAUCUGUGAAUCUCUCCAUGUGUUUCCGGUUGGCCUUGGCACAUGAAGUCAGUUAUUUGUAAUGUUUCCUAUUUUGCCAGCGGGAUCCAAUAAAGCCACGUGGUUAACAAAGGCAGCACCCUGCAGGAGCGUUUUUAAUUUGCACUGCUGCCUCCCUUGUUAGCCCUGUGCCCUCAUUUCUGAAACCCUCACAAGAUGGGGAACAGAGACGUCUUUAUAUAACUGGAGUAAAUCUUAAGUCAGGGAUCGGCAACCUUUGGCACGCGGUCGGUCAGGGUAAGCCCCUGGCAGGCCAUGCCAGUUUGUUUACCUGCAGCCCCCAUUGGCCUAGAACAGCGAACCGCGGCCAGUGGGAGCUGUGAUCGGCCGAACCUGUGAAUGCUGCAGGUAAACAAACCAGCCCAGCCCGCCAGGGGCUUACCCUGAUGGGCUGCAUGCCAAAGGUUGCCGAUCCCUGUCUUAUGUAUUUGAAAGGGAGGGACUGAUGCCACAGGCAAAAUUAAUCAUAUGGGCAGGUGCUCUAUAACCUAUUCCCAGCCCCUGCAGCUCUGUCAAUGUCUCUCCAUCCCACAUACACCCUCCCUGCUCUUUCAGUCCUGACCUUUGCUUACCCUGGCUCUGGUUUCUACAAAGUCCAUAAACUAUUCGCUCACCCCAGCCUUGUCUUGUAACAACCCUGGCUAGUCCAGCCCUUGCCCCAGGCACAGCUCUGGUAACACAGCCAUCGAGGGACCAGUUGGGUUUUGCUAACUUCAUUUGCUAACUUAGUGCUCAGUUUACAUUGGCCCCUGCCACUGGUGCCCUAGUGUGCUAACCCCCUUUCCUGGCUACAGCUCAGGGUUCUGAUUUACAGGAACUUCACAGCUUGGGGAUCAUGCAGUUGCUCCUUUAGAGCAAAGUCAACAUAGCCCGAAGGCAGUGAAGUGGGUAAUCAUUUUAACUGCAGCCUUUGAAAUAAUUUGGUAAAUGGCUGCUAAACAGCAAAAGACCAGGCCAGCCCUGUAUUUUUAAGAACAAGGCCAUGUUCCAUUGAAUUGAAAGGCAAUACAGUUAAAAUGGUACAAACAA